AUGACUUCAUCUGAGAAAAAGCCAUUCAUUAAUGGUUCGAAUACAUCGGUGCUAGCCAGCAAAGCCCAAUCGACGACCUCACAGCCCUACAAAGAGUUCCAUGCUCCGGCUUCCGGAAAACUUGAUUUUCCCUGGCAGAAAAUUGGAUCGUUUAUCGAUCCUCUGCACCCUCCCAGUAUUGAAGAGUUGAAGGCCAUAAACAUGGAUUCUGGUGACUACCUCAUUCAAAAUUACCUAAAAGACAAAUAUUACUCAGACUUCUAUUACAAUUGCUCCUUGAUGGUAGGAACUUGCUUAUUUGCGUGGCUUACAGCAAGAUUGGGGGGUGGUUUGUUUUCGCUUGGUUUCGUCUUGAUUUGCGCCUCCGCCUCAUACAGAAAUGAGUUCAGACGUUUCAAUAGAAACCUGAGGGAUGAUAUGUUGAGACUUAGUGCCGCCAAACAUUUAGAGAACAAGGUUGAAACCAUGGAAUGGUUGAAUAGUUUCCUGGCAAAAUUCUGGGUGAUUUACAUGCCUGCCCUAAGUGAAAUGGUCAUCACCCAAGCAAACACUGUGCUUAAGGACGUGGCACCACCUCCGCCAAUCGACAAACUGACAUUGGAUGAGUUUACUCUCGGUACAAAAGCACCCAAGGUUGAUAGCAUCAAGUCUUUCACCAAACUUGGUAAAGAUGUCUGGCAGAUGGACUGGGAUUUUGGUUUUACUCCCAAUGAUACAGAUGACAUGACCAAGAAUGAACUCAGGAAAAAGAUUGACCCAAAAGUCGCUCUUGGAGUCAGAGUCGGUAAAGGUUUUGUGGGAGCCUCUCUUCCAAUUUUGGUUGAAGAUAUGUCGUUCAAAGGUAAAAUGAGAAUUACGAUGAAACUCAGCAACAACAUGCCGCACAUAAAGAUUGUUUCGGUUUCGUUUCUGGAACCGCCUUCAAUUGAUUAUGCUUUGAAGCCAGUCGGUGGUAACACUUUUGGUAUUGACAUCAUGUCUAUGAUUCCUGGGUUAUCUUCUUUUGUCAACAGUCUGAUUCAUGCAAAUCUUGGACCAAUGCUGUAUGCUCCUAACUCGCUUGAUAUUGAUGUCGAAGAGAUCUUCGAAGGCAUGUUGCCUGAGGCUAUAGGUGUCCUCGCCGUCAACAUAAGAGGUGCAGAAUACUUCAAGAAUUCCAAUAUUAGUCCAUAUGUCGAAUUUUCGACCGAUCAAGGCGCCGUUGAUCCAUAUGUGACUGAUAUCAAAGCAAAAACCAAUGCUCCGAUCUUCAAUGAAAUGAAGUACCUUUUGGUCAAUGAUUUGAAUCAGAAGCUCAACUUCAAGCUCUUGACAUUUGAUGAAGACGAGGUAGAGGAGCUUGGAACAUCAUCAUUUGAGUUGCUUGAUCUUAUGCAGAAGGAGGUUCGAGAGAAGAUCGAAAGCAAGUUGACUAAACAAAACAAGCGGGUCGGAAAGAUUGUGUACGACUUGAAGUGGUUCCCAGUUUUGGAGGGUAAGACUUUGGAUGAUGGGACCAAGGAAGCUCCACCAGAAUCUGAAGUUGGUAUUUUCAAGUUUGUACUGCAAUCUGCGAGAGAUCUUGAUACAUCCAAAUCAAUGCUUGGUAAGCUAUCCACCUUCACCGAAAUUUAUUUCGGUGCUGAGCUUGUCUCCACAUCCAGAGUCGUCAAAAGUUCUAACGAGCCGGAUUUCAAGGUUGUAUUUGAAAAAUUGGUCCACUCCAAGUCCACUACCCCUAUUAAGAUUCUAGUCAAGGACACUUCUUCUUACGGAACCCCUGUCAUCGGACAAUACGUUUCUUCUUCUUUGAACGAUCUUAUUUUCUGUACUCUUGAAGGGAAAGAGACCAUUUCUCUGACCUCUGGAAAGGGGUACUUGCGGUUCAAGGCUGUUUGGAAACCACUGGCUGCUUUGGGUCUAGGUGAGGAAAUUGCUUUCGUUCCUCCACUAGGAACUAUCAGACUCAAUAUCAAGAAGUGCGAAAAUCUUAAGAACUUGGAGACCUUUGGUAACAUUGAUCCUUACGUUAGGGUGCUUAGUGGUGGAAGAGUUGCUGCGCAAACUCCGGUUGUCAAGGACGAACUCAACCCUGUUUUUGACGAAGUUGUGUACAUUCCUUUGAUUUCUGAAAACCAAAAAAUUGCGUUGGAUUGCAUGGAUGUUGAAAAGUCGACUGAUGACAGAUUAGUUGGCUCUGCUUCAAUUUCUCUCCAAAAAUACAUUAAAAGGAACGAGCAUGGAAAUUACCUUGCUUACGAAGGCUCUUCAAAACUGAUUUCAAAACCACUCGUGUACAAAGAGAAAGAGCAAAGGGGUACAGUUUAUUACUCGAUCUCGUUCUAUCCAACAAUCCCAGUGUACUCGCAAAAAGAGCUGAAGGAGAAAAAGAGAGCGAAGGAAGUGGACAGAGAAGCCGAACUGGAGGAGUUAAACGAGCAAGCAAAAAUGAUGGAAGACUAUAAAAAACACCCUAAUGAGUAUGAAUGGUACUCGGAUACCGAAGAAGAAGAAGUGGAUGCCCAUAAGAAAGAAAUGACUUUCGAACAGUUGGUGUCUCACAACACGGGUGUAUUGGGUAUUAACAUUAUUUCAGGAAAGCUUUUCAGGCCUGACUGUUUUAUUCAGUUUCUUUUGGAUGACCGUGCCUUUCCUGAUUAUAUCUCAAAAAAAUCCCAAGGACGCCAUAUGGGAGCUGACGCUGGUAGUGCUUUCAUUAGAGAUCUGGAUAAUGCUACUGUCUUGCUUCGUAUAACGACGAAGGAGAAUGUCAGAAAAAAGACUGAAGUGGUUGCUCAGAAGGAAUUCAAAGUCUACGAUUUGCUCAACAGGGGCUUCAGAGAACCUACCACUCUUGACAUCGACGGUAAUUCCAUUGAAGCCCAGUUUGAGUAUGUACCUACUGCAAUUCCGCCCGGAGUAUCCGAAUCUAUGGAUGAUACUGGACUUUUGAGUUUGAAUAUUGUCCGGGCUGUCGGAUUGAUGGCUGCAGACAGAAACGGAAAAUCUGAUCCAUUUGUCACCAUAACCGUGAACGGUGUUCAAGUCUACAAAACUGAAAAGGUCAAGAAAACUUUGAAUCCUGUUUUCAACGAGCAAGUCACGAUUCCUGUCAAAUCUAGAAGCAGGACUGAAGUGAAAGCUGUCGUUUAUGAUUGGGACGUCGCCGGCGAUAAUGAUUUGCUCGGCUCGGCUCCAAUGGACCUUACAAAACUCAAACCAAAAGAAAAAGUACCAUUUGAAGUUCGUCUUGACACUCAAGGAUCAGUUUUCUUCGAAGGUUACUUUGAACCAAAGUACAUGAGACCUGAGCUUUCUGAAACUGGAGAGCUUGCAGGCUUUGCAGGUGUUCCAUUGAAACUGGUUGGAGGCGCGGCUGGUUUCGUUGGUAGUGCGGGAGCAGGAGCUGUGGGUGCCGGUAUGGGUGCCAUGGGUGCAGGUGUUGGUGCUGUUGGCGCAGGAGUUGCAGGUGUGGGCUCCGUUGGCGGAGGGUUGAUAAGAAAGUUUGGAGGAAAAAAGAAAUCGUCAAUGGACUUAAACAGGAACGGCAAUGGUCAACAUUCCCCAAACCAGAUCAAUGAUGCACAGUCUGUUCAGUCCUUUAAGACAGGAUCACAAGCUUCCUCUCCAUUCAAAUCCAGCCAUCAAAGACAAAACUCCGACAUGACUUCAUUCACCUCGACGACGAAGGGAAGCAACACACUUCCCGGCAGAGUUACUGUCGUGGGACUAAGUGGUGCCAGUGACAAGGAUCAAUUGCAAGUCAAAGUGUUGCUGUUAUCUUCAUCGAAAAAGCGUGAAAUUUACAAAACUAAGUCUCAAAAAGCGGACUCUACUGGACUCAUUUCUUGGAGAGAGUCGGUACCAUUCAAAGCCCCACAAGAUGCAAAACUUUUAUUCCAGGUAAAAACUCAUCACACCUUUGGUAAGUCCACAGAGUACGGAGAAGCCCAGUUGGGCCUUGCUGAGGUAGUCGGCAAUCCAAGCGACUUUAAUCUCCCUGUGGCAAACGGUGAGUUAGUGGUCAACUUCAACUAUGGCGCCAGCAACUAG